AUGGCUCCAAAACUAUUAAAAGACGGGACUGUGAUCUCGUUCGACACCAAGACACAGUCUAUCCGGGUGCUCCGACGAGCGUCCGUGCUGAUCGUGGAGGACCGCAUCGCCGCAGUCGAGGAAAACAGUGACGCCAUCACCAUCCCAGAGGGAACUGAAAUCAUCGACGUCGCUGGCAAGAUUGUCUCGCCGGGUUUUGUCAACGCGCAUGUGCACAUGUGGCAGUCGGCGUAUCGCACCCUGGGCCCGAAUGUGACGCUUUCGCAGUAUUUCGACUGGGUGAGCCAGAGCUCUCCGGGCGCACAAUCCGCGUUCAGGGCAGAUGAUAUCUACUUCAGUGCCUUGGAGGGGUAUCUAGAAGGCCUACACGGGGGCGUCACUUCUUACGUGGAGCAUGCGCACAACAACUGGUCGCCUGAGGUGAUGAGGGCUGGCCACCGAGCGGCAGUCCACAGUGGUGCCAGGAUCUGGUGGUGCUACGAUGUUAUCGACCACGAUCGCUUUCCGAUUGCCCAGCAAUGGGCUGCCUUUGGAGACCUUGCCAAGUAUGACUUUCCCCGCGUUCUUCCGGGCCUGUCGCUGGAUGGCCAGGGGUUUACCAUUCUCAAUGGCGACGGAGCAGCCAGGGCCAUCCUGCGCGAGAAAGAGGUAUUGGGCCUCCAGGCCCUCACUGUUCAUCAUCUUGGAGGCCCGUGGCCACGUACGUUUCUCCCUGAUCAAGUUGGUAUCCUCAACUCAUCCCUGACAGAGGGCAAUACAUCGCCCACCGCGCUGUGCGACCUGAACGAGUUGAACGAGGUUAAUUUGCCGAUUAUUGUCUCGCAUGCCCCGUUCCUGGACAAGUCGGACAUGGAAACAAUGCGGCGCGAUAACGUUUUCGUAGCCCUAACCCCAGAGUCCGAAUGCCACUAUGGCCACGGCCAGGCUACUGGCCAUGAGAUCUCCGACCAGGCCUGUCUCGGGGUUGACACGACAUGGACCUUCUCUGGAGAUAUCCUCAGCCAAGCACGUCUCUGGCUCCAGUUGGCGCGGCUCAGGAACUACACCAAGACUCUGGACACUGGGCUACUGCCGAAUGCGAACCCGAUGGCGGUGGAAGAGGCGUUCCUUCUCGCAACUCGCCAGGGAGGGCGCGCCCUGUGGAGAGACGACAUUGGAGUCAUCGCGGUGGGCGCAAAGGCAGACGUGGUUGUCUUUAACGGAGACAGUCCCAACAUGCUCGGAUGGAGCGAUCCGAUCGCGGCUGUGGUGCUGCACGCAAACCCUGGAGACAUCGAGCAUGUCAUUGUCGAUGGAGAAUGGAAGAAAAUGAAUUUCAAGCUGGUCAAUCUGGCCCGGCGCUGGGAUGAAGUGCGCACUCGCUUUCUGGAGAUAUCAAAGCGCAUUCAAGAGCAGCUCAAGACGCCGCCGCCUCUGCCAGACAGGCUCUGGGGUGUUGGCCAGUUUGGGGAUGUGGAAAAGGUCUCGACUAAACUUUGA